UUUUCACUGCAGGACAGCGAGACGCGGAGCACGUGAUUCUGCUGAAAGUCGCGGGAAAAACUGUCACAUUAAACCAGGGGAUCGGCUGCAUAUCGCUUUGUUCUUUAUCAUCAGCUGUUGCAUUUAUCUGCUUUCUGCAUUCAUUCAUCGCUACUCUUUUGGUGGAGCAAUGCUGACGAACAAGCUUUUCACUUUGGUGCUGGUGCGUCGGCCCGGAAUGGUUUUGCUUGGGAUGAAGAAGAGGGGCUUCGGCGCAGGAAGGUGGAAUGGCUUCGGAGGCAAAGUACAGCCCGGGGAAACCAUUGAACAUGCAGCUAAGCGCGAGCUUUUGGAAGAAAGCGGCCUUACCGUGGACACGCUGGUAAAGAUCGGAAACAUAAAAUUUGAGUUUGUGGGCGAAACGGAGAUCAUGGACGUUCACGUAUUCAGGGCGGAUUCUUUCAAGGGAAUCCCUACCGAGACAGAUGAAAUGAGGCCCAAAUGGUUUGACUGCAGCAAAAUCCCCUACGACCAGAUGUGGCCCGACGACAUCCUGUGGUACCCCCUCAUGCUGCAGGGCAAGAAGUUCCUGGGCUACUUCAGGUUUCAGGGACACGACCUGAUGCUCGAGCAGAAGCUGGAGGUGGUGCAGGAGCUCUGAGCGGGAGGGAGAGUACGGCCAUUUAGCUGCCACCCGCCAGGAGGUGCGAGUGGGCGUGGCCACCCUGACCACUGUCUGCUGCUUUUCAUACUCCGUCUAAAAGCGAGGAAGCGGGAGCAUAAAAAGGAAGCAAAAAAAUGUAUCUGCCUGCUGUAAAGACUCAGUGGGAGUCAAAGCCACCCACAACAUUCUUUCCUUGUAAUCCAUUUCAAAUUUCAAAUCCAGAGUAAACAUUAGGGAUUUCCCCCCUUUUACUUACUUAUUUGUGAUGCGUAGAGACUGCCACAGCUCUCUAAACCUAUGUGGUAUCUUGGUGCUUUCUUUUGCUUUAGAAGAGAGUCACAGUAGGGUGUAAUAUAGCUAAAAAUAUCGAAAUCUGGAAGUAUUUAGAAAGGACGUGGAUAUUUUACGGGUGGCACUGAGUUGUCUGCUGAAACCCACUGAUCUGCAGCCCAGUCGCCUGUGAAAUACUCUUCUGCCAAAGAGGGUGAUUGAUGUUUAAACAUUAGCUUUGGAUUAAGAAUAGACCGUCAGUCAGUCUCAGUGAUGAUACACAUACUUGCCAUCUGAUAUUUUCAGAAUGGUGCCUCAUGAUGGAUGUGACCAUAGCUGGGUAUCUCCCUGUAAUGUUUCUCAUGUUUAAAAAUAUAUAUAUAUAUUGGCAUGUUGGACCUUAUUUAAAAAAAAAAAAAAAAAAAACUUGGUGUAAUGUUCUGAAAUUUCCAACUUAUGCUGGCAAAUGGAUGUCAGUAUUCUCAGAAUGGUUAAAGUUAAUAGGAAGUGGAAACCAAGCUGUCAAUUUAAACAGAUGAUUUUUUGUUUUCUAAUUCAUUUUAAACCUAGCUUGGGUUGUUUCCAUUUCAGGACAAAUACACAAGUGUGUUUCAAAAACAUUUCAGGCACUGAAAUUGACUGUCAGCCAUCUGGAAAUAAUGUCCACACUUUGCAUUUCUGUAGGACAAAUGAUUUAUGUGCAUUUCAUUUCAUGUCAUAAUUUAAACUGAUUUGCUGUGAUUAUAUCAAAGACAACUGAAAAUACAUAGUAACGAUGUACGAUGUUUUGCAUUUGCCCAAAUAUGGGAAUUAUCUGUGAUCAGUUAUGAAUAAAUUUGGAUCUUUGUUAAAAA